AUGACAUAUUUCCUCUUCUACUCGCUCUUGCUCUCGGUCAUUAUCGUCGGAACGGCACUCUACCUUACUCGGUCUCGAUGGAUACCGUUGAUCAAUGUCCCUGAUAUUAUCUACCACCGCCUUCCUUCCAGCUUCACAUCUGAUCUAGAAGAUGGCCUGACCUCGGACCAGUUCGACAUUACCACCAAUAUCGCAGAUGGAGACUCUCGCGCUGGUCUAGAUCAGAACGCGAAACGUGAGAUCCGGAAGAUUAUGAAGAAGCGCAAACUUGACUUUGAUGAAGCCCGGAGAAUUUACACGGAACAGCGAUUCGCGAAGCAUAAUAUUGGGCCAGAUGGACGCCCCCGGGAUCCUAAGUUUGUCUCAUUCUCAUAA